AUGCCAUCAGCAGGUUCUACUCAACGGACUAUAAAAUCAUCAAUAUCAAUAAUUGAAGAUGAUAAAAAUACUGAUCAAAUUAUUUUAAUAAUUCUUAUUAUAAUACUUUCAUUGGUUUGUUUAAUAUUAAUUUUAAUUAUUAUUUUCUUAUGUUAUCGACGAAAACAAAAAACAAUUGAAAAAAAUAUUUAUAAGAAUACUUGUAAACAACAAGGUUCAUCAUUAUCAAUAGUAGAAAAAUUUCAUGCACCUGAUUUAACAACUAAAGUGAUACUUUUAACACAUUUUCAUACACAUGAACAAGAAUUAGGUACUGAUGUGUAA